AUGGGCAGCCGAAUCCCGAAUCAGAACCUCUGCAUUUUCUUGUUUUCCCAGUACAGUGACGAGGAUAAGAAUGAUGAUGGUGAUAAUGAUGAGGGAAUCCGAUUGACAGCGGUGCACAGACACCUCAUCGCCUGUGCCCAGUGCGUCCUUGGUGUGACCAAUGAGGUGAUCGAGGAGGCACUAUUCAGCGUCCCUAACUACGAAGUCUGUUCGCGGUUCAUUCAGGCUGAAAGUCCCGCUCACGGAGCCCUCGUGAUUGGUGUUCAAUCGCUCGGUCAAAAUUGUGUCCUCUUUUUGGACCUCCGCACAGACGAUGGGCCAAUCACCGCCGAGAACGUAAAAUCGCGCGUUCUCAUGACUCGAAGGCUGACGCCCCUAAAUAGCGUGUACAAUUGGCUGGUUGAGACGAUGUCGCUGAUUUUCCUGCCAGCUAUCAAGGCCCAGGAAGGCGGUUUGGGGAAGAUGGGGGGUCAGGCGAAGGAAAUGCUCAUUACAGCGCUCCACGACUAUCUCGAUUCCCUUGAGGCUGCUGCCAUCUGCUCGAAGCAGAAGUUCAAGCUCACCGCCUGUCGCGACGUCGACUUGGAGGUGCUGCAGGACUCGCAGCGCGCCAUCGAUGCGGCUCACAACCUCAAGGACCUCGGCUGUCUGGAGGAGUGUGUUUGUCGUUGGAUGCGGCAAAUGUCUCUGGAAAUCCAGGAGGUGGACACGGCCAGACAGGAGCUGCCCAACAGUGGUCCGCAGUCGGAGAUGCGCUUUUGGAACCAACGCGCCACGCGCUUUGACUUAAUAAAACAAGAGAUAGCCAAACCAUUGACUUGGCAGGAUCUCGAAAACCGUGUCAUCACCAUCCACAACGAGGCACGAAUGAACGCCAAGUUCCUCCACGUGGUCAUACGACAGUGCCAUCCGCUCUACGAAAAUCAAAUCAAUGUCAUGAGAAAGCAGAUGGGUCGGCUGAUGCAUUGUUUGCAAUGCCUCUACAGCUACUCACCGCAUUACCGAUCGUUCGCUCACAUGUCAAUUCUGUUCGUGAAGAUAACAAAUCAAAUGAUACAGAGCUGUCGUGGCUACGUUGAGGACUGCGGUCGGAGUCCAAUAUGGAGUCAGGAUCCACGCCAACUUGUCCAACGUCUCAAGGAUUGCAUUGAGCUAAGCGAGGCGUACCAGAAAUCUUACCACGAGUUUCAGAAGGCCACUCGUGACGACCAGAAGCUUAUGAAGUUCUCCGAAGUUCAAAUAUUCGGUGACUUCCACGAGUUCGUUGCGCGCAUCGAGGCGAUCCUCCACAUCCACACCACUCUCGAGCGCUUCGGAGUGCUGAGAAACGUCUUCGUGGAAGGCGGGCACAAGCUGAGGCGGCACUACGAGCGAAUCCACAACUUCAUUACCACCAGGGACUACGACUACCUCGAUCCGGAGAAUAGGCAAUUCGUAAAGGACUUUGAGUUCUUCGGUGCCGAGAUCAACGUUCUGCAUGACAACCUUCAGGAGGCCUACGACGUGCAGUGCAGCUGUAGCGGAACAGUUCUGUUGAAUCUGAAGCAGCUCAUGCGGCUGGAACAGGCUCAGGUGCCUGUAGCGAGACAGGACGAGCGGUAUCGCCGGUUGCUCGUCCAACUCAGGACGGAGCUCGAAGAGGUUGGUCGUAUCUUCAACCAGGACGCCAAGGAUCCUCAGAUCGAGCGCAAUUCACCUCCGUUUGCCGGUCGCAUCGCGUGGGCUCGAAACCACUACCUGCGAAUGGCCGAGCCAAUGUCGAUAUUUUGGACACAGUCGAGGGCGAUUUGUGAGUCGAACGAGGGUCAAGCGACGGUCCGACAGUUCAAUCGCCUCUGCGAAGCUCUUGUCGGCUACGAGAUCACCGUCUUCCGAGCCUGGAAGGAGUCGAUUCUGGAGAGACUGUCUGGUGUCCACGCGUCGGUUCUGAUUGCGAUUCAACACCAAAACCAAAUCGUUUAUGUGCCAAACUUCGACGAGAGUGUGCGCACUCUGCUGCGAGAAAUUGUCUGCCUCGAUCGUCUCGGCUGUCCCAUUCCCAGCCUCGGCGCGGAGAUGCACCGGCGAGCCGUGUUUCUGAAGAAAAGGGUGUCCAAAGUGCAGGUGGGUGUGCGUUCACGCCCUACGGAUCCAGACGAGAUUCGCUGCUUUGCCCACUGUCCCGGGCCGUUGAUUGGCUCCCAAACAGCCAAUCCGCUCUGUCGUGGCAAGGCGCAGCUCAGAGACUUAAUCCGGCUUCUGAACGACACGUUUCAAAUGAUUCCAGACGGCAUAGACAAACUCCUGGUAGUGCGUGUCCAUCGGAUCAACGAGGCCUUGGCACCGGGUCUCUACAUUCACGACUGGUACAGCUCAUUGUUUGAUGGUUGGAUAAAGCAAUGUGAACAGGUGAUUGGGGGCCUACAGAGAAUGCUGGAAAAGGCCCACGACAUACUCCACUGUCGAAUUGAGCCGACCCUAGAGGCGAUGUCGCAGUGCAGGUUCGUUGUUUUCCCGGAGCAGCCGAAGACUCGCCUCUACGAGCUACCGGGACGCGCAAACGUCCAGUUGUCCGCUACACUCAGUGACGCCGCGAUCUACUUGCAGAGCCGACGCGAACCGGGCACGGGUUGGAGCCUUGCUGAUUUCAUCCACCUGUCUGUGGAACAGGCCAAUCGCACUGCCACCAACCUGCAGCAGCUCUCGCAAAUGGUGCUUGAUGCCACCGAGGAGUAUUUGGACACGCUGUUGGUGGAUUUCGAUGAUUUUGUGACCAACUUUGUGGAAAACUACACCAGGGACACAGGAGAUGGCGGAUCUAGUGCACCAGCUAGCAAGCCCAAGCGCAUCUCUGACUCAUUCUAUUCCUUUGACGGCCGCAUUACCUCAAUUCCCAAUGCCGACAUUAACGAAGACGAGGAGGGACCAAGAGAGAGGGCGCAAGCGAAGAGAAUAGUUGUCAAAACAGUGUCAGCGAUCAACGACCUGGUGCGUUCAUUCGGCCAGCGAGCAUUGGAGGCGACGAUAAAGUCAGUUCGCAAUUCCUUGGACGAAUUAUGGCGCGUGUUUGGCGGCAAAGACGGCAGUGGCCUCCUGAAGGAUGUAACGGUUGGCACAAAAUUGAAAGCAGAGCAUAUUAAGCCGACAGCCACGGUUAGAUGCGAAGUCGUGUUCCAAGGCGACAGCUUCAAUCUGAGACCCUCCCUGGACGAGAUACAGGCCGGUCUAAAGACCAUCAUCAAGUCCGUAAUCACCUCCACGAAGGGCAUCGGCAAAUGGACGGAGAGCGGCCGACAGAACAAUCCCGCGACGGCCUUGAUUGACAAAAAAUCGAAGAGGGGCACGGGGAGUGGUCCCAUUAACUCAGUUAGCGACCUCACGAACCUAACGGACUUGGCUACCUUCCGUACGCGCGCGUCCUUGGACUCCAUCCGAAGCAGCUUCCAUCAACAGUCACUUACUAACGGUGAGAGGCAGAUUUCUACGCUCCAACACAGCCGAUACUCAGUGCCGAGGUCAAGCGUGCAAGCUGGCAGUUCGGCGCCAACGUACGAAGUGGAAGUUAACUGCUACGGCGACGUACGUCACGACCGAGAGGUGUUCAAGGCGCAGGCUCUGCUCAUAACUUGGAUGACCUCGAUGAACAAGAUCAAUUUUCUGCCCGAUGGUGAGAUUGUUGAACUACCAGAUGUCAUAUCCCCCUUCGUGGAGUUCACUCACUUGUGGAAGACCUCACCACAGGAGCGACUGCAGGAGUUUCUGCGUCAGCACACCACACCCAACCUCCUCGACAUCGAAGAGGUCUGCUCGAGUCUGUACGAGGUGGAGCGCAAGCUGGAAGCCCUCUUCGACAUUUACUACAUCGGGCCGCUGGAGGUGCACACGAGCAGCUUCAAGUACCUCGCUCUGCGACGACUCAGGCAGCACCAGCAGGUCUUCGUGGAACUCUCCACCGAGAGAUUCAUCUACCCGGUGUUUGUGGCGAUGGCGCAGAUUGAGGAGACCGAACGGCUCAUCUCCAAGCCCCCUGCCAGUCUCUCCGAUGUCUCCACAGUGAUGGGGGCGAUCUCGAACUUCCGCGAAAUCGAGGUGACUGUGGACAUGAAGAUAAUCGCAGCUGAGGAGGCGCAAGCCGUGCUGAGCAAGUAUCAACUGCACCUUCCACCCGAGGUUACUGAUCGCAUAGAGGCGGCUCGCUGGACCUACGCCAGAGUGGUCGAGCACAUCGCCAAGACCAUGGACGAGGUGCUGGACGUGCAGACCAAGCACCGUGAGGCGCUUCGAGAGGAGACAGCCAGGAUGCAGGCAGACAUCGAGUCCUUUGUGCAUUUCUUCCUAACGAAAGGUCCAGGCGAAGAGGGAAUCUCGCAGACAGAGGCCAUCGACCGUCAGAUGCUCUUCCGCAACACCUACGAGCAGCUGGUGAGGAAGGCGGACAACUUGCAGAAGGGACAACAACUAUUCGGGCUGCCUUUGAUGAAUUUAACCAACCUCAAGGCGGUGGGAAAACAGAUGGAAAUGCUCCAGCGCCUCUACACACUCUACAGGGACGUCUGCAAGGUGGUAAAUGGCUUCAAGGAGACACCCUGGAAGGAAACUAACUGCGAAGAAAUUGAAUACCAACUCCUGGCUCUCCAGACGAGGAAGAAAUGCGGAGGAGGCAAAUCAGCAGCACUUGUCGAACAACAUGUGGAGUCCAUGUUCUCCCAUCCGGAGAACCUUGUCUACUGGCACCGGUGUCGAAAACUGCCGGGUGCACUCAGAACGUGGUCACUCUACUUCGAGCUAGAGGCCACCCUGUCGACGCUGGUGGGUAAGAUGCCGAUUCUGCAGAUGCUGCGCAGCUCCGCGAUGAAAUCGCGACACUGGGUUGCCAUCAGCAAGAUCACGGGCCGAGCCAACAUCGACCCCGAGCACAACGACCUCACCACGCAGGCUGUCAUCGAUUUGCCCAUAGGUCCCAACGACGGGGCCAUGAAGGAGGCGGUGGAGGAGGUGUGCGUUGGAGCCGCGAGGGAGAAAGAGAUCGAGACGAAGCUGCUGCGCGUCGCCAAUGACUGGUCUGGUCAGGAGCUGAUUCUGACUAGUUUCAAGAAUCGUGGUGAACUACUGCUCAAGGGUGAUAGGAUUGUGGAGGUUCAGGGACUCCUCGAGGACUCACUCAUGACCCUCACGUCGCUGUCCAAUAACAGAUUUAACAGACACUUCAAGGAGCUGAUAGCAACGUGGGUGAGCAAUUUGACCACGGUCAGCGAGGUGUUGGACGUCUGGAUGAAGGUCCAGUCUCUCUGGGUGUACCUCGAGGCCGUUUUCGUCGGCGGUGACAUCGCAAAACAGCUGCCAGUCGAGGCUCGACGCUUCCAGGCAGUGGACCGCUCGUGGGUGAAGGUGAUGGAUCGGGCUAGGGAAACGCCCACGGUGGUUGCCUGCUGCACCAUGGACUCCUCCCUGCUCGACAUCCUCCCGAAAAUGCUCGAGCAGUUGGAGGUGUGCCAGCGUUCACUCUCGGGCUACCUAGAGAGCAAGCGUCUGCUGUUUCCGCGAUUCUUCUUCGUCUCCGACCCUGUGCUCCUGGAGAUUCUUGGCCAGGCGUCUUCGCCGGAGGCCAUUCAGGUCCACCUCCUGGCGAUUUUUGACAGCAUUCACCAUCUGUACUUCACCGGUGAUACUUCACGGAUCCUAGCUGUCUAUUCUGCUAUUAACGAGGAGCUUAUAUUGAGUCCGGCCCUGAAAUGCGAGGGUCCCGUGGAGACGUGGCUGACGGCGCUGCACAUAACCGUCAAGUACUCCCUCCUCGAUCGAAUUCGUCAGGCGCACCUCCAACUAAUGGACCCCGAAGUGGACCUGCUGAAGUUCUUCGACGAGCAGACAUGCCAGCUGGCCAUCCUGGGUAUUCAACUGAUAUGGACCCGCGACGCUACCAACGCCCUCAUUGACUCGCGGGACCUUCCACGGCGAAUGAAGGAGACCAGUAAACACUUUGCCAGCCUCCUCGACAUGCUCAUUGGCAAGACUACGAUGGACUUGAAGCCGGAAGAACGCACCAAAUACGAGACCCUCAUCACGAUCCACCUUCAUCAGAAGGACAUCUUCGAAGGCAUCGUCGCACAAGGUAUCAGAUCGACGGACGACUUUGAGUGGCUCAAGCAGACGCGUGCGUACUUCCUCGAAGAGAUGAAUAUGUGCGUUCUAUCCAUAACCAAUGUGGACUUUGAAUACCAGAACGAAUUCCUUGGAUGUACUGAGCGUCUGGUGAUCACUCCGUUGACAGAUCGGUGCUACAUCACCUUGGCGCAGGCGCUUAACAUGAGCUACGGCGGGGCGCCAGCAGGACCUGCGGGAACAGGCAAAACGGAGACGGUUAAGGACAUGGGACGGUGUCUAGGGCAGUACGUAGUCGUCUUUAAUUGCUCCGACCAAAUGGACUUCCGUGGUCUGGGCCGGAUAUUCAAGGGUCUCGGGCAGUCCGGCGCAUGGGGAUGCUUCGACGAAUUCAAUCGAAUCGAGCUGCCAGUGCUGUCUGUGGCCGCCCAGCAAAUCGCCAUUGUGAUGUUCGCCAAGCGCGACAACAAGGACCACUUCGUGUUCUCCGAUGGCGAUGUGGUCUCACUGAAUCCCGAAUUCGGCAUCUUCAUAACCAUGAAUCCCGACUACGCCGGUCGCCAACAACUGCCGGAGAACCUGAAGGCGAACUUCCGACCUGUCGCCAUGAUGGUGCCCGAUCGACAGAUAAUCAUUCGGGUGAAAAUGGCCUCGUGCGGCUUCAUCGACAACAUGUCGCUGUCGAAAAAGUUCUUCUGUCUCUACAACCUCUGUGAGGAGCAACUCAGUAAACAGGUUCAUUAUGACUUCGGCCUGCGAAACAUCCUCUCGGUUCUGCGGACCUUCGGAGCAGUUCGUCGCAGCAGUCCAGACGAACCGGAGGGCAGGAUUGUGAUGCGCGUGCUCAGGGACAUGAAUCUGUCGAAGCUGGUGGAUCAGGACGAGCCGCUCUUCCUGUCCAUCCUGAAGGACCUCUUCCCGGGCGUCAUCCUCGGCGGGCGCAACGCCAAGAACUCCGAGAUCGUCGAAGCUCUGAAACAGAACGCCGAGGGCAUGGGCCUGAUCGCCCAUAAACCCUGGAUGGUGAAGGUGCUUCAGCUCUACGAGACACAAAAAGUGCGGCACGGCCUGAUCCUCCUGGGACCGUCUGGUUCGGGGAAAUCAAAGUGUGUCGAGCUGCUGCUCAAGACGCUGACGGAGAUCCACCAGGCACGACGCGAGGUUCGCAUGAAUCCCAAGGCCAUCACCGCCGCCCAGAUGUUCGGGCGUCUAGACGUCGCCACCAACGACUGGACAGACGGUAUCUUCUCGACGAUCUGGCGGCGCACCACGAAGAUGCGCCGAGACGAGCACUACUGGCUCAUUCUCGACGGACCCAUCGACGCCAUCUGGAUUGAGAACCUCAACUCCGUCCUGGACGACAACAAGACGCUCACUCUGGCCAACGGCGACCGCAUUCCCAUGGCGCCAAGGUGCAAGAUCCUCUUCGAGGUCGACAGCGUGGAGAACGCCUCGCCAGCCACCAUUUCAAGGAACGGCAUCGUCUUCAUGAGCUCCACAGCCAUCAACUGGGAACCCCUGUUUAAGCCGGCGGUGUGUGGAUCUUCCAGUGCAUUACUUCGGCCUGAUGGGCCAGUUGUAGACAGCACUGUUGGCAUUAUCGAUGUGGAUAUUUUUCAGACGUGGGUCCAGACGCGUCAGAAGCUGGAGCGCACGAGGCUGACCGAGCUGGCAAACACCGUCUUCCCGAGCGUCAUCAGAUUCGUCACCCAGGAGGCUCGCGUCAAGAUGAAGUUCCUUGAGGCCUUCUACGUGGCGCAGUUCUGCGACUGCUACAGCGCCUUCUCACUGCCGGAGACGGACGAGGCGGCGUUGCACGAGAUGCAAUUCUUGCUGGCCCUCGCGUGGUCGUUCGGCGCUCUGCUAGAGCGCGACGAGAGGGUGAAGUUUGACGAGUACCUGAGGAAUGCCAGAGUCUUCGGCCAACUCAUGAUGCCGCCACCGACCAUCAGGGGCAAACAGGUGACUCUCUUUGACUACAGAAUUGACUACGAUUUCGAUCGAUGGGAGCACUGGGGCAUGGUGGUGCCGUUCUACGACUAUCCACGCCGGGGCUUCGUGGACUUCGAGCGUGUCCUCGUGCCGAACCAGGACAACGUGGUCACCGAGUUCCUGGUGACGAGGGUUUCCAAGACGGGACGCUCGUUCCUGCUGUUUGGUGAGCCGGGGACAGCGAAGACUGCCAUCAUCAACAAGUACAUGCAGUCCUUCAGCAAGGAGACCGAUAUUGCAAGGAAUUGCAACUUCUCGUCUGCCACAACUCCAUUCACGUUUCAGUCCUCGGUAGAAGGCUUCGUCGAUAAACGCGUCGGGUUCACAUACGGUCCACCGUUGGGCAAGAAGUUGACCAUCUUCAUCGACGACAUCAGUUUGCCAGUUGUAAACGAGUGGGGUGACCAGGUGACCAAUGAAAUCGUCCGUCAAACGAUGGAGUGUGGAGGGUUCUACAGCCUCGAAAAACCCGGUGAAUUUAUCACGAUUGUGGAUGUCAAGUUUGCGGCUGCAAUGGUAACGCCUGGUGGAGGCCGCAACGACAUCCCAAUGCGCCUGAAGCGGCAGUUCUGCGUGUUCAACUGUAGUCUACCUAGUGACGCUUCCAUUGACACCAUCUUCGCGACGAUAGCUUGCGGCCACUUCUCGAGUGAGCGUGGUUUUGCCAAGGAUGUGCAGGACGUGGUCAUCAAACUGGUCCCACUCACGCGCCGUAUAUGGGCCUCUGUCAAGGCUAAAAUGCUUCCCACGCCGAUGAAGUUCCACUAUGUCUUUAAUCUGCGUGAUCUGAGUUGCAUAUGGCGCGGCAUUACCUUCGCCUCAAGUGAAGUGUUCAAAACUCGUGAACUUUUGAUUCUCCUGUGGAAAAACGAGGUCACCCGCGUGCUCUCGGACAAAAUGACCAACGCCAAGGACAAGGCCUGGUUCGUGCAACGACUGGAGCUGCAAGCUGUCGAUUUCUUCGGACACAGCAUCAGCCCCCUGCUACAGGAGGAGGUUUUGUUCUGCGAUUUCAUGACGGGCAACGAGGAGAGUUUGGAUUCGCUGGCUGACGAUGACGAUGAUGCUACCGCCAACAUGUCAACGAAGUUACGCAAACACAUCACUGGUCACCAAGCCAAUUGCUGGUUAAAACUCAGCCUCUUUUCCUCCUCCUCAUCCUCCUUCUCCUCCUUAUCUCCUUUUCCUCUUCCCCUUCUCUUUCUUCUCCUCCUCCUCCUUCUCCAUCUCCUCCGACACCUCCUCCUUCUCCUCUUUCUCCUCCUCCUCUUCAUUUUCCUCCUCUUUUCCCUCCUUCUCCUCAUCCUCCAUUUCCUCCUCCACCUCCUUCUCUUCCUCCUACUCCUCCUCUCUCUCCUCCUUCUCCUCAUCCUCCUCUUCCUUUUCCUUCUCUUUUUCCUCCUUCUCCUCCUCCUCCCCCUCCUCCUUCUCAUCCUUCUCCUAUUUACUCUUUUCCUCCUCCUCCUCCUUCAGGUGUACGACAUCAACGCUCUGCGAGAACGCCUGGAGCAUUACCUGGAAGCCAUGAACCUGGACAACCGCAAGGUGCCUCUACGCAUGGUCCUCUUCAACGAGGCGAUCGAGCACGUUGUGCGCGCGUGUCGUGCGCUUCGCUCGGACCGCGGCAACAUCCUCAUGGUCGGGUCCGGCGGCUGUGGCAAGGGAACGAUUCUCCGACUGUCCGCCUACGUCUGUGAGUACCAGGUGUUCACCAUCAACACAAGCAGUGUCUACGGCGUUUCGAAUUUGCUUGAGGACAUCAAAACGAUGUACCGUAAGGCAGGAGCUGGGGGCAAGGGAAUCGUCUUUCUCUUCAGCGACAGGAACAUCCAAGACGAAAUCUUCCUGGACUACAUCAACAACAUACUCAUGGGUGGAAUGGUUGAGGGUUAUUUCAACCGGGAGGAGCUGGAGGAAGUAAGCAACAAUCUGGUAACCACGUACCGUCGAGAGCGUCCACGCAAACCCGCUGAACUGCCUCAACUCAUCGACUUCUUUCUGCAACGCGCCCACCGCAAUGUGCACGUGGGUUUGGUGUUUUCGCAGGUGGGCGAGAAGUUUCGUUCGCGUGCUCUCGCCUUCCCCGGCCUGAUCGCCGGCUGCACCAUCGACUGGUUCCACGACUGGCCGCGUGAGGCCCUCGUCGGGUGUGCCGACCGGGUGAUGCAGUCGUUCGGACCCUGUCGCGACAACGCCGCCAUGCGCGGCAGCUGUGUUCAGGUGGCGGCCGAUGUGCACCUCUACGCCAAGAAGAUGUGCAAAAACUACUUCCAUAUCAGCAGGCGGACAAUCCACGUCACGCCGAAAAUUUUCUUCCACUUUCUCGAAGCCUGUCAGACGAUUUACGACAGGAAGCACAAAGAGAUGACAGAGGUGACAGAUCGCAUGGACACGGGAGUGCAGAAGCUGAAGGAGGCGAAGGAGUCCAUCGCGUUUCUCAAAGUGGAACUAGCCGAGGCCGAGGAGGAGCUGAAGGUGGCGAACGCCCAAUCCGAGGUUGUGCUGGAGCGCGUCCUGCACGAGACCCAAGUCGCCUCGAAGGUGCGCAAUCGCGUCGAGGAGGCGAAGCAGAAGUGCGAGUUGAUAGUCAAGUCGAUCGAGAACGACCACAGAGAGGCACAGCAGAAGCUCGUCGCGGCCAAGCCAGCUCUCGAAGAGGCCGAGGAGGCACUGAACACAAUCAAGCCGGCCGACAUCGCAACAGUUCGCAAACUGCCGAAACCGCCGAAUCUAAUCAUGCGAAUUAUGGACUGUGUCGACAUUCUCUUCUACCGUCCCUUAGUCCCUGUUGAAGCUGACACUGAAAAGCACGGCUUCAUCAAGACCUCGUGGAAUGAGUCAAUCCGUUUCAUGUCGAAUCAGGGGUUUCUGAAUCUCCUGUUGAACUAUCCAAGACACAUCCUGACAGACGAGAUGAUCGAUCUGCUGGAGCCAUACAUGAUGCUGCCUGACUACAACACGGAGAGUGCCAGAAAGACUUGUGGAAAUGUGGCGGGUCUGUUGCAAUGGACCACGUCGAUGGUGAAGUACUUCUUCGUCAGCAAGGUCGUGAUUCCACUGCAGGACAACCUAAAGAAAGCCGAGCUCGUGCUGCGCAAGGCGCAAGCGCAACUGUCCCAGGUAGAGGGAGUCCUUUCUGACAAGACCGCCAUGUUGAAUAGAGUUCAAGGUGAGUACGACGAGGCCGUGAGGAAGAAGCAGAAACUGCAGGACGAUGCAGAUCUCUGCAUUCGACGCAUGAACACCGCGAACAGACUGACCGAGGGCCUGAUCGACGAGGCCGAGCGUUGGGAGAGCACGUCGAAGCUGUACAAAAGGCUGAUCGUCUUGUUGACCGGCGACGCAAUUGCCCUCGCCAACUUCCUCACGUACAUGGGUGGAUUCAAUCAAAUAAUCCGCUUCUCGGCGCAUAAGUUGUGUACGCGACUGCUGCGACAGCACGGUGUGCCGCAUAGUGACGGAUUGAACUGUGUUAAAGCCCUGGCAGCCCCGAAUGCUGUAAGUCAACGAAAAUGCCGUCAUCCUUAA